CACGUAAAUGCGCGUCUGUAUGCAGCUGUAAGCGGCCAGACCUGUCUUGAAGCUCAUUUCUUGAGGAAUCAUCCCCAGACCCGUUUCUAUCCCGUGAUCAACGAGGGAUGCGGCUCCUCCCUAGACCAACCCUUGACUGGUGCUGUUGGUGGCAAUAGCGCGUCUAGCAAGAGCAAUAAUGCCUCACCAAGCGCGUUUACUGGACGGAUAUCGGAAGUUCCCUGCUACGAAAAUAUGCGCAACGCAGCUAUUUGUCCAAUGCCUGAGAUUGACACUACACCACACCGCUAGUCAGCAAAGAAGACGGAACUUCCAGGGUUGUACUGCUUACCAUUUGGUAGUAUACGCCUUUCCUCUUCAGAAGAGCGGAAUGGUUACCCUUCUCGACAACCUUGCCCUCCCCAAGCACGAAGAUUACGUCCGCAUUCUGCACCGUCGCCAACCGAUGUGCCACGACAACCAUCGUCCUCGACCCUUUUGUCUUCUCAAAGACUGCCUGAACAGCCUUUUCCGUCUCCGAGUCCAAGUUGGACGUCGCCUCAUCCAGCAGCAACAGCCUCGGAUUCCUGACCAGGGCCCUAGCGAUUGCCAGUCUCUGCUUCUGCCCGCCGGAUAGUGCCACCCCCUUCGUGCCCACCACCGACUCGUACCCUUCCGGGAGCGAGGUGAUGAACUCGUGUAUCUCGGCGUCGCAACAGGCUUGGAUGAGAGCUUCUUCCAGCUUCUUGGCCGGCAUCUUGUCUUCUUCCACACCCAGUAGGAUGUUUUCCCUGAUGGAACCGUCGAAUAUACAUGCCUCUUGGGCCACGAGGGAUAUCUCUCUACGAUAGUCUUUCAGGCAGAGGUGUGAUAUUUCUACCCCGUUGACACAUACCAGAAGGCCCGACCACAGCAGCAAAC